AUGACAGGAAAGAAGAUCAUCACCGUUUUUGGUGCCACGGGCGCCCAGGGCGGUGGCGUCGUCAACACUUUCCUCAACGACCCGGCCUUGAAGUCGGAGUGGACGGUCCGGGCCGUGACCCGCGAUGCGUCAAAGGACAGCGCCAAAAAGCUCCAGCAGUUGGGCGCCGAAGUCGUCGUGGCCGACGUGGACGACAAGGCAUCCAUCGCCAAGGUCUUUGAGGGUGCCGCCGCGGCCUUUGCGGUGACCAACUACUGGGAGAAGAUGAACAUGGAAGCCGAGAUCCAGCAGGGAAAGAACAUCGUUGACGCAGCAAAGGAGACUGGGUUGCCGCAUCUCAUUUGGAGCUCGCUGGUCAAUGUCAAAGAGCUGACCAAGGGUAAGCUUUCGCAUGUCUACCACUUUGAUGGCAAGGCCGAGGUCGAAAAAUACGCUCGUGAAGUCGGAAUUCCGGCCACGUUCUUCCUCCCGGGCUUUUACACGACCAACAUCCCGGGUCAGAUGCUCCGGUACAACCCAGACGCCGGCGCAUGGGUUCUUGCCAUGCCCAUGCCGGACACAGCUCCGAUCCCGUUGUUCGACACCGCCAACACGGGCAUCUGGGUCAAGGCCAUCGUCCGCAAGCGUGACCAGCUUCUUGGAAAGCGCGUCUUCGGUGCCACCAAGUACACCACCCCGAACGAGAUUCUUGAAGCGUUCAAGCAGACUUUCCCGAAGGCCGGGGAGAAGGCCACCUUCUUCCGCCUCCCCGACGAAGUCUUCGCAGCAGGGAUCAAAGAGGCCAUGGGUGUACCUGAUUGGGUGGCUGAAGAGAUGCUGGAAAACAUGCAACUGAUCUACGAUGGUGGCUACUAUGGGUUCGAGCCGUUGGAUGAAAGCCUGGCCAUCCUCGAGGACAAGCCGACUACCUGUCUGGAGUUCAUUCGGAACUCGCCUGCCUUCAAGGACCUGCAAUAG